AUGUUACAAAAGAUGUUAUUUCUUCAUCUAGAGCAACCUAGUGUGAAGCCUAAGAUUCUAAGGGAACAUGAGAGGAGGGCGGAAAACCGUCUUUCCCUCUGCGCUCGUCACGGGGGAGAGUCGGUGCCGAGAGUUGGUUGCUCUGUGGGUUGCUUCAAGUUUCAUCAAGAGGAACUUUGUUGCCCUCGAAAUAGUUCAAAAGCUAUUAACCUUGAACAGAAUAAAAACUCGCAAGUCGACGUUAAACCUUUUAUAACGGAUGCCUUAGUUCCAGAAACCUCAGACCCCUUUAAUAAUAUUAUUUACGAAGGAAUUGACGAAGAGUUUCAGAUUCCUCUUUCUCGGUUGCUUAAUAUUAAAUAUGAUGAAAAAUUGAAAACUAUGCUCUCUGAAAAUUUAAAACUUCAAGAGUAUGUGCGGAAAAUUAAUAGUUCCAGUCAGGAGAUACCGAACGAGUUAAUUAAGGAAGCUUUAAAAGAUCCGGAGUUUGCGGAGUUUGCGGAUUAUCUUAUUGCUCUGGUUAAAAGCAGUCAAAGUUAAACUUUAAGUAGUUUGAAACGUUUUUGAAGUCUCAUUCUUAAAAUCUUUAAACUUUGCACUUUGCCUAUUCUAUUCUAUGAAGCUCACCCAGAACUUCUAUUGGAUUGUAUUCGAGCUCCUCGCCUAUCGUAGAUGGGACUGUGGAUCUUUGAUUGUUUAAUUGUUGGAUGGUCCAUUUCAAUACUUUGAAAGUUGUUAGAAGAUUAACUUGAAGGUAGACGUAUUGCUGUUUUACGUGUAUACUCGUGACCGCAGUACACAAGCGUUUCCGGUGGUAAAUUCGUUAAUAUUUUGAGCUAAUUUUGUUUAAAAAAGUGUUAGCGCGUGUUAGAAUGAGAAAGUAUACCAGAAGACAGACUUUUAAUUGUUAUAAAUAAGGGUUACCGAGUAG